GAACACGUAAGGUAAGAGACAUAUAUAAAGCAAAUAUCUUCACGUAUCCGUUUUACUUCCCUGUAGUUUUGGCUGGAGCUGUGCACCCAAAAGUUGGAUUGUUCAACACAUUGCGAAUUCUUUGCUUCUAAGAUUGGCCAUGCUCAAAGAUGACCAUGCCAUUUUGACCACAAGUCGUGUAGUCUUCGUGAUAUUAAUACUAUUUCUCGAGAGUAUUACCGUGGAUUCAAGUGGUUAUAUCCCAAACAAUGAAAUUUAUGGCUCCUUCCCAAUGGAUAUUUCAUUGGGCGAUAAUGAAAUUCAAGAUGAGAUUGAAUUAGCCAAAAGAGGUUGGAACAAUUUCAAUGCCGGAUAUGGGAAACGUGGAUGGAAUAACUUCAACGGUGGAUCGGCGAAACGGGCUGCGGGAUUAGACGGAAGCCAUGAGCUCAGCAACGAUAUUUUGGCUCAUGAACUUGGAUCAAACUAUGGAAAGCGAGCUUGGAACAGUGGCUUCGCUGGAGGAAUGGGCAAACGUGCUUGGAACUCUGGAUUUCAAGGAGGCAUGGGGAAGAGAGCGUGGAACUCCGGAUUUGUGGGUGGCAUUGGAAAGCGAUAUUCUCCCUUAUCCAUUGACGACAAAUCCUCAAUUAUUGACUUUAACAAAAGGGCAUGGAAUUCUGGAUUCGCCGGUGGAUUGGGAAAAAGGGCUUGGAAUUCUGGAUUUGCGGGAGGAAUGGGUAAACGAGAAUGGAAUUCUGGUUUCUCCGGAUCCUUAGGAAAGCGCGCUCUUGAAACCUUUCAAGAUGCCGGAGAAGGUGGAGAGCAAGACCAAAGGAAUCCAUCAAAACGGAAUUGGUCAUCAUUGGGAAUUCGAGGGGCGUGGGGAAAACGAUCGAUUACCCCAACCCAAAACUACGUUGUCAUUUCCCCUUCAAACUUCCGAGCCUUGCAAGACAAAACAGAAAAGCGUACAUAUGGUUGGUUGGCUUUACGUGGACUAUGGGGGAAACGCGCCAUGCCGACAACUUCGGCGGUCAAUUCCAUCUGCUUAAACCAUGCAAUCAGAUUUCCAUUCAAAUGCGAGAGAUAUUCUCGAGACAUUCCCAAAAUCUCGGUCGAAGAGGUGGAUCGACUCACAAAUGGAAUGAUAAAGUAAAACAUGAAGGUGGGUAUCCAAAAACCAAGAUCUCGAUUAUGUUCUAAUGAUUUGUAUUAGCAGCUCUGACUAAAAGAAAUCAAUUCCAGCGCACUAUGGACUAAUGUAUGAAAAUGGUCUCUCUACCAACCAUUUCAAUUUACUAUCACUGCUACUCUGUAAAAUCCAUUUGACUACAAAAAGUGCUUACCAAUACAAUUAUCG